AGGCGUCUGGCUGCAGCGAUUGUGCACUUUUGAUGGCAUGUUCUCUUUGAACGAGAGCAUGUUCUCGGCCCUUCAUCUUCUCAGGAGUUAUAACCAGUACAUUGGACCGGUGUCAGAUAGUGAAGUUCAAGUAUCACAGGAAGUUGGAAGAGAUGGCUUGGUGAACCCUUUGGUAUCAACUCCUCUGUUUUUGCCUCCGCCGCCCUACCCUUACACAUCACCCCCAAUUUUAUCAUUACCUCAAACGGACAUCAAGUCAGCUCUGAGAACGGUCGGAUCACCGAGAAGGCCGAGGAGUGAAAAGAAACCAAUCCCUGUCGAACAAAAGGAUGAGAAAUACUACGAAAGGAGAAAAAGGAACAAUCAAGCGGCAAAAAAAUCAAGGGACGCAAGAAGGCUGAGAGAGGACCAUAUUGCUCUCCGGGCUAGUAUGCUCGAACAUGAAAAUGCCGUUUUACGGGCCCAAGUUAUCACUUUGAGAGAAGAAGCGCAAUCGUUGAGGCAACUUUUGCUCCACCAUAAAAUGUCCGAGCCGCAUGAAAUAUGCUCUCUGAAGUAGACGAAACAGUUCUCAAGUUGUUGAUUUUUGUUGUUUUAGAUGUUGAAUUUGGUGAAUAAAAGAAAAAUAGCGAGGCAGAAAAACCUAUUAAAACCUACUGUAAAUAACCGAUCUUUACCUAUAAAAUCAAAUCAUUUGUUUCUCAUUGUUACUGAAUUUGCGUUAGUAAGUAGUCUCUUAGGUCAAUUGUACAAAAGGAU